AUGUUUGUCUUGUUCGCUCACAGAAAAUUCCAAUGUUGAUAAGGCACCAGCGUGAGUAAACGAGAAGGCAGACUUAGAGAGAGUACCAAAGGCACCAAAGAGCGAGAUAGGGAGAACCAUCAGCUGUUCAAUGUUUUGAUUGCAAUCGCACAGGUUUCAUUCUGCUUCGGUCUCCGUUCAUUUGAUCAGUUCAGUUCCGUUUGUGAAAUGAAAAAGCCCUCACGUUCUGGCUGCGAGUAACGCGUCUUCGCUUCUUUCACAUAAUAUUUAAUAAACAGUUUGGCGCGUGCUGACGUGAGUGCCUUUUGACGGAAUAGCCGACAGCAGUAAUUGAAAUUUUCAUUAUCAGCAAUUGCCUUGGAAAAGUUGGAAGAGAGGAAAAAAGGAGGUUCACUGACGUCUUACACACACGUGUGCAUCUCUCACUCUCACUCUAUCUCAUCUUCUCUCUUUUGCGCUGCCUGUAUGAAUGUGUGAGCGUACACGAUUGUUGUUAUUAUUGUUGUGACGCAUAUAACGGGGCGUGUUUGCCGUUACAAAUUGAACGCAGAAAAAAGUUUGAACAAUUCUCAAUUCCCAAAACCAAAAAUUUAGUUGUUUAAUUGAAAAACCAAAGCGCUAAUUGCAGAAAAUAUCGCUAAUUAGACUAUAUUGAAAAUAGAAAAACAACUUUGGGCAUAUACAAGCCAAAGAAUAUUAAUAAAAGUGUUAAUCGAAUUAGAAAAAUCUUUAAAAGUUCUCAACUCGAAGAAAAAUAAGCUAAUUGAAUUGGAUUUAUUAAUAAAAGUGACGAAAAUUGUAUCUAAUUGUGGCUAAAACCCUUUUCUUUAGCUGUGUUCGGUGGAAAAUACCCAAAGCAAAUCGGUUAAUUGCCAUGAGAGAGAAACAUUAAAAAACCAUUAAAAGUGCCGCGUCAGAAUGAAUGAAUUCCCCAACAAAAUCCACAAACAAAAACUAUAGAAUUCAAGCGUUAUUACAAAGACGCCUCAAUCCCAAGUCCCCCCUCCCGCUAUAAAUUAAAAUGAUGUUGAACAAAUACGCACAAAUACGAACAAAUACAUACACAAACCAAAUGUUUCCGCAUCAGCAUACCCCCCAGCAGCCCGAGCAGCAGCUACAACAGCAUCCACAACAUCCACAGCUGCAGCAGCAUCAGCUUCCACAGAGCUUCUCAUCCCUCCAGUACACGGACACGUCUAGAAGUUUACCAGGCUCAUUCACUGGCUUGAUUGUUGGCGGAUCUCUAGGAAGCAUGAAUAGCACUUCCGCUGAACUUGCCGCCGCUGCCAUGCUAAAGGCCGAACGCGAAUCCAUACAUUCGGGUCAAUUUAUGGUUUCACAUUUCGAGGCAGAGGAGGCACAAGAUGAUCUCGAAGAUGAUGGCGAAGUCAAAAUGCUCGAUCCCGAGGACCCUAGCCUAGACAAAGGCGGCGAGCCCCCGAAUACCUGCCGCGACGUUCAGCUCUACGUGCCACAGACAGUUGUCCAUUUUCCGCGCUCGGGCAUGGACCAGGAGGACGGCGAUGAAAGCAGUAUGAGCAUGAUCACCUCCCACCUAGAGAUUGAGACCUCCCUCACCAAGCUCUUCAAGUGCAUGAAUCUGGCGUACAGUCAAAAACUCACCUCACCCAAAUGGAAUCAUUUCAAAGGAGUGCGUUUGCGUUGGAAGGACAAAAUACGCUUGAACAAUGUCAUCUGGCGUUGCUGGCAUAUGCAAUUUAUACAAAAGCGCAGAACACCGGUGUGUCAAUUCGCAUCGCCGCUGGACGUUGACAUACACAGUAAUCCUCAAACCGUUGUACUUGAGGGCAAGUAUUGGAAACGACAUUCGGCUGUCAUCAAGGCUGAAUACAGAAAAUGGCGCAAAAACUAUAGAUCGAAAGCAACGGGCUGCUUGACAUAUGAUUCAAAAAGCGAAUUGGACUUUCUGGAAUGGUCACCGCUAAAUGAUAGAAACUUAAUGCCAGACGACUGGACAACAGACACAUUGUUUUCGGCCAUAAAUGUACCAUUUCCUUUUCCGGAUUCCAGGGAAAUUGCCAGGGGUGCGGGCAUAGCAGACUUUAUACAGCCCAGUCUGGGACCAUUGCAACCGAAUUUAGAUGAUAUCGACAUUACAUUCUCAGAUUUGCUCCCCACUACACGAUUGCCACCCGUGCCCGAGGAGGGUACCGAUGCCGAGAUGCUCAAGAACGACGACUACUGUCUGCCCGCAAUUGUAGGUGCCCCGCAUACACUCUACAGCCACGACAGCAACAUGAUGGAUGUGGUCACCAGCAACAGCGGCAGUGCUAGUGUCAGCCAGGUGGACGCUAAUAUGCUAGAGCUGAAUACUCCCAUCAACAGCAUGGCGUAUGGUGAAAUGGAGCAGCGUUUUGGGGUGGCCCGACAAUCCCAGCACCAGGCAUCUAAUGACGCCCAUUUGAUAGGUGGGGGGGAUGUAUCCAUCGGUCGAUUGCAUGCGGGAAAACACUUUGGCGAGAACAGCAAUCGCUGCUCACAAAGCGACACUUUUCCCGGCAAGAGUGUGAUCAAUGGACGCAUUGUCAAAAGCCAGCGCCCGUUCCGCAGAGAGCCCCACAACUAUGACAAGGCACAGCCUACUUUGCACCAAACCAAUCUUUAUCAGCAGAUGCUCGCAGAGCAGCAAAAGAAUCAACAACAGCAGCAGCAGACACAACAGCAGCAGCAUGUCUCUGGCGGAGUUGUCCUACAGUCGGGUUCGUUUCACGCCCAACAGCAACAUCCCCAGCAGCAACAGCAACAACAGCAACACUUUCCCACACAACAACAAAGCACGUUUAAUAAUCACAGUUUCAUCAACAAUUUUAACGAUAAUUAUCAGCAACAGCAGCAGCAACAACAACAACUUAGUGUUAAGGUGGAACCACUUCAGGCAGAUGUUUUGUCAUUGCUCAACGACGGUGGUGGUGGUGGAUCAUACAAUUCCUCUAUUGGAUACAAGCCCUAUCCGCAAUUUAAGAAAUCUGCAUCGACUGGUGCAUUUCUCAAUGUCCCACGAUUGCCGCAACAACAGCAGCAGCAACAGCAACAAGGAUACAUGCAACAGGAUGGUUCAGGACCUCAAUUGCAAAUGCAGCAGUCGCUACCUUUGGGCUUAAGUACACAGCAAUUGCUGCAGUUAUCGCGCCAGCAACAGUCGGUAAAUCCCCAUCAAGCACAACAACAAACAGUGGCCAGUCUGCUACAACAACAGCAGCAGCAGCAGCAACAACAACAACCCUCAGCUGUCAGCACGGCCACUUGGAUUACACCAAACACCAUCUUGCCGAAAGAGAUGCACCGCUCCAACAGUCUGCCCUUAAAUGUCUCCCUGAACAAGUUGCCCGACGGACGGCAGUUGGUUCAUGAACAGCAACCGUUCGCCGUGCCAAAAUAUCACGCCAAAAGCAAGUCUCGAGUCCGCAGCAACUCAAUGCAUCAACAACAUAGUUCGGUGAUGGCCGCAGCUAGUGGAGGAACAACUUCCAACAGUGUGAGCAACCUGUUGGUCACGCAGCAAAUGCAACAGGCCACUAGCGAUCCGAUGCUCAAUAGCACCCUGGCACAGUUACUGACGUCGAAUACACGCCUUCAGGCGGUAACCGUGGCCAAUAGCUCACAGCCAAGUACUUCUUCUGCCAGUGCCAUAGCCACCAGUAGCAACAGCAGUAACAACAAUCCAUCUUUAUAUGCUGCCACGCCUCUUUCGGUGCCCGUAUCCACACAACAACAAUCCCCAAAGAAGUCCGCCUCAUUACCCGUUGCUAUAGUGCCAACACUGCACAGUCCGCCUGGAGCAGCUGCUCAGAAUAAAGUGCUCAGUUUCGGGCCAUCUAGCAACAACUUAAGCAGUAGCCUGAGCCUCUCGCCAGAUUCCUCCUUUCUCGAUUCUCAGGACUCUCCCCUGUCACCCUCGGCCAGUCUCAAAUAUCAGCCCAGGGACACACAGCGACGCGCUGGUCACAUCCAUGCCGAGCAGAAGCGGCGCUACAAUAUCAAAAACGGUUUCGAUAUGCUUCACUCACUGAUACCACAGCUGCAGCAGAAUCCGAAUGCCAAGCUAAGCAAGGCAGCCAUGUUGCAGAAGGGCGCAGAGCACAUUAAGCAAUUGCGACAGGAACGUAACGUCCUUAAGGACAAGAUCGAGUCGUUGCGAAUGGAACGGGACGCCCUAAACAAUUCGCUUACGCACCUUCACUCAAUUCUACCAGCAAAUGGAGCUCCAGUGACGAGACAAGGAACCGAGCAUGUUCGCCAGCUUUAUGAAAUCUAUGUACGCUACAACACCAUGAACGAUUGGAAGUUUUGGAUUCUGGGUCUUAUUUUGGAACCACUUCUGGCCUCGUACACCUCAACUGUCUCUAGUGCUAGUUUAGAUGAACUACGACGAACCGCUUUUCUGUGGGUCGAUCAACACUGCUCACUUAUAGAUCUUCGACCCGCUGUAACGAACAAAUUGAAGUACCUAUCUAUGCAUACGGACAUUGUGUCGGAUCCACCCAGCACACUCCAAGAAGAGGUUGCCAAGGCGCUGCAAAACACAAGCGGGCAACAUCCCAAUCUGCACGGAUCCUAACUGUUGGCUCGUGAUAUGAAUUUAUUUAAUUCGGUUUUAUUUCUUUAACAAUUGUUUGACUUGUUUGCUGACUAACAACAGCAGAACUAGGAAUAAUGUACAAAAUCAUUAUAGACAGAUUCAAAGUUUUUUAUGAGUAUGUUGCAGCUAAUAUUGUGCCUACUAAAUUUAUAACUUAAGUGUAAAAUUAAUAAACGAUUUUACAAUUUUUUGA